UACGUAAUCGUUGACACUCUCGAGAUCCGUUUUUAAUAGAAGUCUGUGGGUAGAUCGCCAGCCUGCAAGGAUCAUAUCCCGUUUUCGCAACUUUCUUCUUUAAAUGAGAGAUACAUAAGGGAAUACAUGGCUACAGUGACAGUGGUGCAUCGGCAGCCAGCCCUGUGGAGGCAGUGCCAUAGGACUGCUGGUAUUGGCGUCUGUCAUCUCCACACCAGCAGCAGUCACGCCUCCUCCAAAGAGCACUACAAGGUCCUGGUGCUGGGAGGAGGAAGUGGUGGCAUCACCAUGAGCGCUCGGAUGAAGAGGAAGCUAGGGGCGGAACAUGUGGCCAUAGUGGAACCCAGUGAGAUGCACUACUAUCAGCCCAUCUGGACAUUGGUUGGUGCUGGGGCUAAAGACGUGGCCUCUUCCGGUCGCCCUACUGCCAGCGUCGUGCCGUCUGGAGUCAAGUGGGUUAGAUCCAGGGUUCAGGAGGUCAACCCAGACACAAACACUGUGCGCACAGACAACGGCAUGGAGAUCUCCUACGAAUAUCUGAUAGUGGCACUAGGUCUACAGCUACACUAUGAGAAGAUCAAGGGCCUGCCUGAGAUUAAAGAUUGGGUGAAAUUUAAGAUUGGUUCAAACUACUCUGUGAAAACCGUGGAGAAGACUUGGAGUGCACUGCAGAACUUCAAGGAGGGAAAUGCUAUAUUCUCUUUCCCCAACACUCCGGUGAAGUGUGCAGGAGCACCACAGAAGAUCAUGUACCUGACCGAUGCUUAUCUCAGAAAGACAGGAAAAAGGGCUACGGCCAACGUCGUGUACAACACAUCACUGCCAGUGCUGUUUGGGAUCAAGAAAUAUGCAGAUGCAUUGUGGGAGAUAGUGAAGAAUCGCGACAUCCAGGUGAAUCUCAGACACAACCUCAUCGAGGUCCGGGCCGACAGGCAGGAGGCCGUGUUUGAAAACCUCGACAAUCCCGGAGAAAUCGAAGUGUUUGAGUAUGAGAUGCUUCAUGUCACUCCUCCAAUGGGACCCAACCCGGUGGUUAAAGGAUCCUCAUUGGCUGAUGAAGGUGGCUGGCUGGACGUCGACAAAGACACCCUUCAACAUAACAGGUAUCCCAAUGUGUUUGGGAUCGGAGACUGCACCAACCUGCCGACAGCCAAAACAGCUGCUGCGGUGGCUGCCCAGUCUAGUAUUCUGGACAGAACAAUUUCAAAAGUCUUAAAGAAUGAAAAGCCGGAUAGGAAGUAUGACGGCUACACGUCCUGCCCUUUGGUGACGAGCUACAGUACAGUCAUUCUGGCUGAGUUUGACUAUAAUGGGCAGCCAUUGGAGACGUUCCCCAUUGACCAAAGCAAGGAGAGAAGGACCAUGUACCACAUGAAAGCUGACGUGAUGCCUCAUCUGUACUGGCAUGGUCUCCUCAAGGGAUUCUGGGGUGGACCAGGACCAUACAGGAAAAUCAUGCACCUUGGGAUGAAAUAAACGUUAUAACCAAUUCAGAUGUGCUGUUCCAGACUGCUACAAUGUAAUCAUUACAAUAACCAUGAUCAUUUCAUAAUACAAUUAAGCAAGUCAUUGACAAUCAAUUGAAAUCUCAAAAUACAUCCAUGACAGAAGUAAUAUUGCAACAUUCCAUGACGUACUAUAUUGUUCAAAGUGCCACCAGGCAGGAUUUGUUUCACAUACAGGCUAUAGGCCUAUAUUAAAAAAUGUCAAAAUCUGAUAAUGGAAUGUAUAUUGAAUGUCUUAUAAAUGGGAUUUACAGAGAUUCUCACAACACAUAAGGAUAGUAAGGGGAGAAUGUACCAGCUUUAUAUUUCAAUGCAUUGAAAUACUAAUUUCCCAAAGCAAUCAUUAGAUCUCUACAGCUAAUGGAACAAUCAGCAUCACAUCAAUAGGCUUCUAAUGGGAAAAAUCAGCAUCACAUCAAUAAGCUUCUAAUGGGAAAAAUCAGCAUCACAUCAAUAAGCUUCUAUUACACAUGAUUGUCCUGCUGUCAUUUCUGAAAUAAAUCAUAAAGAAUAUGUGCUAUAUUAUAAAGUUGUGUAAUUUCAAUAAAUAACAAAUAUGUCAUA